UCGAGCCGCGCCACGGUGUCUAGACGGGCACAUGACCAACAAUCGACCAAUGAAUGGCUAGGAAAAUCUAAGCAAGCUGAUGAAUGUUGUGAUGGUUGUGAAUUGAAAAAUCGCGAGCUCUUCUAGGCUAGGCAGCAUAUAGCAAGUUCGGAGGGGUUAUAUUGCCGUUUUACUUAUUUAUUUAAUAAGGAAACAUUACCAUAUUGCAAAAUUGUUGAAUUGUUUUUGUAUUUUUAUCCAUAUCCAAGGAUUUACAGCGAAAGUCGGCUUAAGUGUCAACUUAAAUAGAAAAUUGGUUCGGAUGCUUAAGCCUUCAAACACACAUGCUACCGUGGAAUCUUUGAUUUUUCAAGCGGGGAUGUACACAUACUUAGGGCCUAGCCGUGAGUACGAAGAAAAUUCGUAAGCCAGGAAUCUUUAUAUUUUAGUUUGUUGUGGUGAAUAGUGCCAGUUGUGCCUUAAUAUUGCAAUCCUGAAUACUACACGGGAUUUUGCGUGCAUUUCCUGUGCCGAAUGCGAUAGUCUAAGUGCAUACUCCGAAGCCCAGCCUGCGUCAGCCGUGUUAUCAUCAGCUGGCGUCGAGUAUGCGGAGUUAAUCUAUGGGCGUUUGUGCAGUAAAUGUCGCAUGUUCAGGUCGAAGCGUACUAACUAUGUCCGUCGCCUUUGGCGAAAUCGUGCUACAUCUUCUACGGAUAGUGAGGAGCAAAGACCAUCUAAAUUAGUUGAUACUCAAAGUAGUGAUUUUGAACGGGAUUUGAGAGCAGCUUCACAUGUAUUUUUAAAAAGGUUAAAAGAAAAGCAAUUGGAAUUACUUUUAGAAGCAGUGGAGAGUAAAGGCGGCGCGGCCACGGCCUGUGCUCUUUUACCCCGUGGCGAACUUAAAAUCGGUCAUACAACAUUAUCGCCGGAAAUUUUAUGUUGUUUACUUUUCCGCUGGCCAGAUUUGCAAAAUGGCUCGGAAUUACGAAGACUUACACAUACAUGCAAAUUCAACAAAGACUCGCCGGAAUCGGCAGGGUAUGUGUGCUGUAACCCAUAUCACCUUAGCAGACUUGCCAAAACACCAGAAUCUGCUGCUCCACCACCAUACAGUGAAGUGGCGUGGGACUGGAAGGCAUUACAACACACGUCAAGAUUACUACCACUCAGAACAUGCAGUACAGAAACUGGAAACACCCCCACCUCACGACUUCACCACUGGCCUCAGUCAGAUGUUUCGGCAUUGGAUGGAGAACCACUGAGUCCUUGGUGUAGCAUUGCUUACUGGGAGAAUCGUACACGAGUUGGCCGGAUGUUUUCAGUAUUGCCGGACUUUGUAAAUAUAUUCUACGAGCUACCUCAUGGGGACGGGUUCUGUCUGGGCCAACUGCAAACAGAAUCUCGUUCAGAAAAUGUUAUAAGAACAAGGACUAAGAUUGGGUAUGGAUUAGUACUCAGUAAAGAUAGGGAUGGUGUGUGGAUUUAUAAUCGCAGUAACUACGCACUUUUUAUCAAUUCUCCGACGCUAGACGACCCUCAAUCACGAACGUUGACCGUUGUGAAAUUAUUACCAGGAUUUUCCAUAAAAGCGUUUGAUUACACAUUAGCAGAAAUUUUGGAAGUAACACGGACAGAACCGGACGUUCCGAUUGGUCCAACUGAUUCAAACUCGCUCAGAAUAAGCUUUGUGAAAGGCUGGGGAGGACGCUAUUCACGGCAGCAUAUUACGUCUUGUCCGUGUUGGGUUGAAAUUAUACUCAGCGUACCGAGAUAGCAUUUGUGAAAUCCAUGGCCUUAUUCAUGUGAGAUCCAUGGUUUUUUUUUUCACUGAGAUCUAUGGACUUUGUGCCGAACAACUUCUCAUGAAGUUUAUAUCUCAUACAGUUUAGGUGAUAAGCAACAAUAAAGCAAUUUAUCAAGUCUUAUAGUUUUUAUUAUAGUCAUAUUGUAUUUACUGUAAUUUUAUUUUCAAAUGUUAAUGUUUUUUAAAAAGGCAUACAUACUGUAUAUCAGGGAAAGAACAUGGUGAUUUGAGCUACACAGUGUUGAAAUAUAUGCUAUGUUUUGUAAGAGUUGAUCUAUUAUAUGAAGACUUCUAAAGCCUUAUUCUACAUACAGACUAGAAAGUGUUAGUUAAUUCAUUUGAUAUAAUCUGUAGAUGUCAAGAAAUAUAUUUGUAUAGAAAUUUCUAAGAAAACAAACCUUAGUUGGAAAUAUUCUGAUGUUUAUUUUAUCCAUUUCUUAAUUUAAAUUAUUUAUUGUAUUAUUGAAAUAAACCAUUUAGUUGUGUAAAUGUAAUCUUUAUAAUGAUGAGACAGUUGAUAUAACAACAAAGCUAUAAUUAAUCUACGAAGAUGGGUAUUUUUUUUAAUUGCAUUAAAAUAAUGUUGCUAACUGUAAAAAUACACAAGACUACAUAGUUUGAUAUAUUGUCAAAGAAAUAGUAACAGAGUAUCAGGGUCUUCCCACUCUUAAAUCAAUAAUGAUGCUACUGCAACAAUGCCUUGAAAAAUAUAAUGCUUUAUAUUAACUUAUGUUCACAAAAAUAGUCUGCCUAGUGUAUGUCAGAUAACAUGUAAAAUAUGGUCACAAUUACUAAUUUAGAGCAUGGUGAUGCAAGAAGAAACCUCUUGUUUAUUAUAUUAUUAUUACUAGCAAAGACGAAUGCUGCCUACAAAGCAGAUGGCUUAUUUCCCAUGAUAUAAGCGUCUGUUUUUUGUAGACUUUGCUUCGACAUUUAAAAACAGAAGGGAAAAAAAAAGCCAUUUUAGCAUUGGCUGUCAGUGUUGUGUUGAUAGAGUGAAUGGCAUAGUAGACAAGCUUAUUGUGUUCGUAAGCCAAGUAGGCUUUUGCAGAUGCCUUAAGGGAUUCAUAACACAGUGUAUAGCUCUAUUAUAAUACUCAGCCUUUAGUAGUUUACUGAUAAGUAUGCAAUAUAGUCCUUUCAUACUAAUCAGUGUAAGGUAAAGAUCUUUGAAAAGCAGCAUUCACCUAAACAAACAUACAUAACUGUAGAGGCCAUGGAAGCUAACUCCCUUGAUUAUAACAGCCUUCACCCUAUCACUCAAAGUACACCCAACAUCCUUUAUAUUUAUAUAUAUAUAUAUUUAAUUAUUAUUCUCUUUUUUUCAUCUGUUACAGUGAUUCAUUGAUAAGUCACAUACCCUUAGAUAUUGUAUGUCUGAAGUAUGAUACUUCAUGUGAAAUUUAAGUUGAUAAAUGCCACAAAUGAAUUCCCAUAAAAUAUCGCCUCGAUAUUAUUGCCAGUAACUUGACAGUUUCGCUGUCACUGUAUCUUAUAAUAUUAACCACAAUAAGAUGAAUAAUUUUAAGAACACUACUAAUUUAAUUCAUUAAACCGUAAUUGUGUAUUUAAAUUUACCUAAUAAUUGUACAAAUAUCAUUUAUAACAGACCAUAAACAGUAUAUAGCUUUUAUACAUUAUCCAGAUUUAAAAUGCUUCCAUGUAUAAACACAGUUCAUGAUAUGCACACCCCGACCCCACCUCCCAACAAAUCCUCAUCCAGUCAGUGAGAAGGAUGUGUUUGGCAUUCCAUUUUUUGAAGCAUCAUCACAUAUUAUUUCCAGUGUGUCAGCACUUGAAACCUGGUCUGUUCAAACAUUUUGAAAUCUACUAGGAUAAAUCAAGCUGACUUGUCAGCAGCAGUAGUAUGUUGACAGGGCAGUCAGCUAAACAUCUAAUCACUACUGGUUACUUCUCAAAGCCUAAUACUCCAUUACCAUCAUUCACACACAUUCAGACAAGCAUAAAUUCCAGUCUUCAACAUCUUGUUUCAGAAAUUGUCGCAAAUACAUUUUACUGUUUUGCAUUGUGUAGUGAAAGAAUAGGAUGGUUUUGUUUUCAUCAUGAAAAUGUUGGGAUGGUAUCAUCCAUGUAUUUAUUAUGGUAUUAUUGACCAUCUAUUAAUUUACCGUUGUAUAGACCAUGUAUUUACCACAGUACCAUAUUUACCAUGGUAUUGACCAUGAAUUACCAUUUAUAGACCAUGUAUUGACCAUUGUAUUUACCAUGGUACUGUACUGUAUUGACCAGGAUAUUAACCAUAAUUGUUCAUGUAUUAAUGAACCAUGGUAUUACUAUUUACUAUGUAUUUGCUAUGGUGUUGACCAUGUAUUUAUCAUGGUAUUGACAAUAUAUGGUUUUGACCAUGUAUUUACCAAAGUAUACUGUGGUUUUUACCAUGUAUUUACUAUGGUUUUGACCAUGUAUUGGCCAUAGUAUUUACUAUGGUUUUGACCAUGUAUUUACCAUGGUAUUUACUAUGCUUUUGACCAUGUAUAUACCAUGGUAUUUACCAUGGUGUUGACCAUGUAUUUUGUUUUUACCAUGGUGUUGUAUGACCAUGUACUUACUGUAUUUAAUAUGGUAUAAUAAACAGGCUGGUAUUAUGUUAUUCACAUAUUUUACCUACCUGCAUUUAUUGGUAUGCAAUCAUCAUUAUUAUUAUUUACAAAUGGUUACCCUUAUUUGGCAUUGCCUGUUUUUUUUUUUCUCAUCUGUCAUUGUGAUCAUAACACUAUCAUUAGAUUGCCAUGCUCGAUUGUAUUUUGUUUGUAUGUUUUACUUGCCAAUUUAACAAUUAUGCAAGUGUGCUAGGUUUUUGUGUGUUCAAUUAUACAUCUCAAUUUGUUAUGGUAUCCCAUUGGUUGCAUCCAUUAGUGUGGGUUGCGGCUCAGUCUGGUUGGUUGGUUGCCACUGGCGUGGGUUAGUGGUGUUGGUAAGAGCUCAAUCAUGUUGGUAGCCGUGCAGAGGUGUGGUUGCAGUUGAGUCCCGUUGGUAGCUGUCCAGUGGCUGCAGCUCAGCACUUAUGGUGGCAACUUAACCCAUCUGGUUGCAACUCAGCAUUUUGGGUUGCAACUCAACCUUAGUGGAUUUCAAGAGGCAUUACAUUACUUUACAUUGUACAGUAAUGACUGUCAUACUAAUUUUACACUCACUGUUGUGUUAUUGAUAUAUUAAUGGUGUUAAUUUUGCAUAUUAAAAAAAAAGAUAAUAAAUAGGGUAAGAAUAGAACAACAGGAGGCAAUGUCAUUUUGCUUUCAGCAGUUAGCCAAAUAAAAAAAAUAUUGCUUGAUUUUCACAUCUAGAAAAACGUCUGUUAUAUCAUUAUUUUAUUAAAAAUGAUAUUAUUAUUGCUAUGUGUAUGGCGCUCCUGCUUUGCAUUUAGAAUCAGUUGUACGACAGAAAGUAUCAAAAUAUUUGUACUGAAGGUAACAAAUUUGAACACGGCCAUUUAUACUAUACACUAAACGUAAUAGACAUUGAUUUCUAUAUAUUUCUAUCACUGCCAUUAAUUAAGAUCUCACUCCAUUAACACUGUUAGUUUUCUACCACAGUUUGCCAUUCAAUUUGAGACCUCUUAAUGUUCGAUACCCUUCUUAUUUGAGACCACUAUUGCAAAGUCUCUAAUAGGCGUCUGAACCUUAAGACCACCCUAAAUUUUCAGGUUCCAAAUAUGGUCUUAAAUUGGAAGGCAAAAUUUACUGUAGUUGUCAACAAAUAGCAAAUGUUAAUAGUUGUGUACAUGCAAGUGGUAGUACAUGCAAGGCAAAUUUGCAUAUAUUAACACUGUUGAUUCCUUUUCAUAACUCGACUAUGCAUGUCAAAAAGAGGGAUAUAUUUGGGGGGAAUGGGUAGCAAAUUUCCAUAUUAAUAGGUUAUUAAACUGGGUAAUGUCCCUGGUCCUUUUCUUUUUGAAGACAGCCACUGAAAUUUCUGAAUUAUUUGUACAUGAUGUUGAAAUUUUCUAGUCAAUAUUAAUUCGGUAGCAUUUAUAAUGUCAAACAUGCUGAUGAACAAGAGGUGUGUGGGGGAGGGGGGUUGGUGGUAAUAUCACAAAUUUUGCAUUUUACUUUUGACUAAAUAAAUAAAUAAAUGCCUUGUGAUACAAUAGGGUUUGGUAAAUUGCAAAUAAGGUUUCAAUCAAAAUACGCAAUACUUAUGAAGAGUAUUUUGUGACAGGGUACUUUGAGUAAUAAUAUUAAUAAUGAAUCAACCGUAUAUGAUAUAUAAACUGGGAUAUUGUAUAUUACAUAUUAGUAUUGUCUAAUCUUUAGUAAGUAAAGAUGAUACUUUUUUUUAUGUCCUUUGAAUCUGUAUUUUUUUUAUUUUUAUUAAAUUAUUAUACUGUACUGUAAUGUGAUGAAUUAUUGAUAAUUGCUUUGUUGUUGUUGCUAGUGGUAACGACGCAGCCAUGUCUACGUGUUUGUUUAUACAGUAUAAGAAUGGUGCCGAACAGGUUGUAAAGAACAAAUCGCCUACUGGUCUAAUCCACUUGUAUAGGUUCUACUACAACUUUUUUUUAUUGAAAUCUUACAAACAUAACACGAAAAUUGUUCUAAAAUAAACAAUAAAGACAUUGUAUUUGAACAGA